AUGUUUAACAUUCUGUAUAGACCACGUUUACCCAAUGGGAAACAUGUACCUUUAAAUUGGUCACUCAAAUUGUAUCGUUGGACUAAUAUAAUCUGUUGGCCCUUGGAGGAUAACGCACCACAUUGGUUUUACUUCUUUGAUCGUUUUCUAUGGUUUUUGGGAUUUCUAUCAUUUGUUGUGCACAAUGAUGCAGAGUUGAGAUAUUUGCGUGUGUAUUUUAAUAAUUUAGAUGAAAUGUUAACGGGUGUACCAACGUAUUUGGUGCUGAUCGAAUUACAUCUGCGUGCGUUUUCAUUGGGUUGGAGGAAGAAUGAUUUUAAGAAGUUGCUGAAGAAAUUUUAUGCGGAAAUUUUAUUGAAGAGUGAAUCAGUCAACCUGAAACUCUUUAAGAAAAUCCAACGACAAAUGUGGCCAAUUUUAACAUUUUCUCUACUCUACUUCUUGGCCUUAAACUCAUACAUUGUCACUGCGGUCUAUGUCUUAGCCACCAAUAGAAGAGAACUCCUUUAUAAAAUGAUACCAACCGUGGAUUACAAGAAUAAUUUCUACAUCUAUUUUCCACUACUAAUGAGUAACAUUUGGGUGGGUUUUAUAGUCACCACCAUGAUGUUUGGCGAAGGCAACACAUUGGGCCUAUUAAUAUUUAAUCUAAAUGGUCGUUAUUUAAUGAUGCGUGAAACGUUUAAACAAAAAGUGGAUACGAUUUUGAAGAGUAAUUUAAAUAGUAAUAUUGUGGAGAAAUAUGAGCGCGUACUAAGGGAAACAUUAAAGGAAAACUUAAGAUUAAAUAAAUUUGCCCGGGAGAUACAAGAUGAAUUUUCAUUUCGUAUAUUUGUUAUGUUUUCAUUUAGUGCCAUAUCAUUGUGUGCCCUGGGAUUUAAAGUUUAUACGAGCCCGGUCAAUAGUAUUGGUUAUGCUUUUUGGGCUAUAGGCAAAAUUCAAGAGAUUUUGGCUUUUGGUCAAUUGGGUUCGACUAUUAUUAGUACGACCGAUCAACUUAGUACCAUGUAUUACGAGUCCAAAUGGGAAAUAGUGAUUGAGCGUUCCUCGAAUACUCCAGACAAUGUUAAACUUUUGAAAUUUGUUACCUUAUCUAUAGUCACAAAUCGUAAACCUUUUCAUUUUACUGGUUUAAAUUUCUUUAAUGUUUCUUUAGUGUCUGUGGUGGCUAUCUUACAGGGUGCUGGAUCUUAUUUUACAUUUUUGAUUUCUUUACGUUAA